GUGAAGGGCCAUGGAGGGCGCGGCUGGCUCCCAGGCGCUGGUCCAGGCGACUGCCAGCCAGAGGGCAGAGGCAAAGCUCCCAGAGAAAGGGUGCUGCUCCUCCAGAGAAAAAGCAAACCCAGAGCUUGGUCAAGCCUGUCUUAAUGUACCAGAAAUCAGGAAGGCUGAGUCAAGCCCCAGUGGAAUUUCCUGGGGAAGGAGAUGCCCAGUCCAUCACUGUCUGCUCAAUGCUUCUCCCAGCACAGUGAGGUACCAUCAGCCCAGUUCCAGUCAUAAGCUUGCACCCAUCUCCACUCGGUCCAAUGGCCAGUUGCCAUCAGGCUCUCAGGACUCCUUCCAGCCUCACCUGUAUUAUCACUGCAACCACCAAGAAGCCACCAGAAGCAGCUAUGCCUUGCCCCCUCUGCCAGGACAUGGGGACCGAGCUACUUUGUGCUCCCAACGCUCCAGUGGGGAUUCAUUAUCAACUCCCCGCCAUGAGACUACUGAGAGUAGAUGGAAGCAAUGGCCACAAGACCAGCAGCAUGUACGUCCAGUGCAACACCAUGUUGUAACAGUCAGACAUGACAAAGUGUUCAGGAUGCCAAAGAGUUUAUCCCAAGUGAUUGCUGAGUGGCCAAUUGCUGUCUUAGUGUUCUGUUCGGUGACUGUGUUGAUCUGUACUUUGGUGGGCCUACUAGUAGGAAAUGUGCCAGAUUUUUCUGAGCCCAUGUGGGGUUUUGAACCACGAGACACAGAGAUUGGCAGAAAGCUCACAGUUUGGAAGAAUAUGAAAAGCCAAACAGGCUAUAAAAAGAUCCUAUAUAGCAUCAUUAUCAUUAUCAUUACUAUUACUAUUAUUGUUCCAAAUAAUUUGUCUGGAAAGAAUUAUUCUCAGCUGGUUUUCAUGUCUACAACUGCUGGGAGCUUGUGGAAUUUGCAAGCGAUACAAUCCAUGUGUCAAAUGGAACAGAACAAGAUCCGUUCACACCCACAGUUUGGAAACCUGUGUCAACGUACCGAAGCCAACGAAUGCUGUCCAAGCUGGUCUCUUGGGAACUAUAUUGCUGCCCUACACAACCGAUCUUCUUGCUUCGAUAUUACCCAGGCGGAUGUUUCCCACACCCUGGCCCUCCUACGUUCUUGUGCCCCUGACUACCAUAAAGGCAUUCUUGUUCCUUCAUGCAUUGGUUUCAAGACUGAAAGAGACAAACACGUACAAUGUUCUAAACUCCCGGAGAAAUGCACUCGGUUCCACGCAGUUUACGAGCUCCUUCAUUUCUUAGUGGACAGAGAUUUUCUCAGCCUGCAGACAGUGGGAUAUCAAGUGCCAACUCUGAAAUAUAGCCUGUUGUUUUUGCCAACCAUGAAGGGAGCUUCCAUGCUAGGAAUCUACCUAAAUAAUCUUGAGUCAGGGGACUUGUUUGAUAACUACACAUCCAUCAUUGGGAUGGACUUGGGCCUUAAGCAGAAAUUAUUCCAGCACUACCUUUUCCUGGAUACCGUGUAUCCAAUCAUGGCAAUACUGGCAAUAUUUCUAAGUAUAUUUUGUUAUUUACACUCGGUCUUUAUCACUUUUGUCGUCAUAAUGAUUGUCUUUGGUACCCUGAUGAUUUCGUAUUUCUUGUACAAGGUGGCCUUCCAAUUCUCCUACUUCCCUUUUGCAAACCUAUCUGCGGUGAUCAUUCUCAGCAGUAUUUGUGCCAACCAUACUUUGGUCUUUUUUGACCUCUGGAAUCGUAGCAAGAGCCAGAAUCCAUCUGCAGGGCUGUUGCAGUGGGUGAGAACAACCAUGCAUCAUUUUGGUUACCUCGUGAUGGCAUCUUGCCUGACAACUGGUGCUGCUUUCUAUACAAGCUACAUGAGUUACAUUACGGCCAUCCGCUGUUUCGCCAUCUACAUGGGGACUUCUGUCCUGGUGAACUUGAUAUUUAUGUUGACGUGGCUCCCUGCUUCAGUUGUACUGUAUGAGCGAUUCAUAGCAAGGAAGUGUGUUUAUAAACCAGAACACUACUGGAAUAAUACUGGGCACAAAAGGGUCAUUCUGUCUUUCCAUCAUCUCCUCCAGAGUAUCCAGACCACGUGGUGUGAAACUUCCAAAUUAUUAUUUGAGAAAGUUCUUCCUUGUGGAGUAAUCAAAUUCCGUUAUAUCUGGAUCUGUUGGUUUGCUGCCUUGGCUAUAGGUGGCGCCUAUAUUUCCUGUCUAAAUCCUCGACUAAGGCUCCCAACUUUGGAGAGGUCGUCUAUACAAGUGUUCAGGUUAAAUCACCCCUUUGAGAGAUAUGAUGCCGAAUAUUGUAAUGAGUUCAUGUUUGAAAGGUUAGAACGAGAAGACAUGCACAUGCCUAUCACUAUUGUGUGGGGUGUACUCCCAGUGGACAAUGCGGAUCACUUUAAUCCUAAAAGUAAUGGCACUCUGGUGAGAGACUCAGCCUUUACCAUUGAAAAUCCUGAAGCGCAAAGGUGGCUGCUGCAAUUCUGCCAAAAUGUCAAGAAUCAUACUUUUUACUACACUGACGUGGAACAAAAAUCCACAGUCUGUUUCAUGGAGGAAUUUCAGCAGUGGAUGGACAGCAGGCAGUGCUCUAAGAGGGAUCACAGCUUCAACCUCUGCUGUAACCACUUCUCCUUCCCAUAUGGCAGAGAAGUCUUUCUUCAUUGCAUCAAAAUGAUGAUAAUGGAGCACAACAGAGAAGAAGCCGAAGAUCGUGACUUUGGUCUCCGAUUCGACGAGAAGGGCAAUCUUGUUGCCCUGGUGCUAGAGUUUCAAACCAUUUACUACUAUAGCUCCAACUACAGCAAGGUGAAACAUUUUUACGAUGAGGUUGGCUUAUGGAUAAGACAAGAGAUAAAGGUAGCCCCCAUGGGGCUUCAAAAUGGUUGGUUCACCAGUAAAUUGGAGCUCUAUAAUCUCCAGCAUAGCACCGACACAGACACCAUGGUGGUGCUGGGAUUGUCAAUAGCCAUCUGUUUUGUGGUUCUCUUGCUCACAACUUGGAAUGUCCUUCUUACUGCAUUCUCUGUUAUCACUGUAGCAGGUACUGCUCUGGUAACUGUUGGACUUUUGGUUCUUCUGGAAUGGCAGCUGAAUGCUAUGGAGUCCCUCUUCAUUUCAGCAGCAGUGGGCCUCUCCGUCGACUUCACGGUGAACUACUGCAUUGCCUACCACUUGUGUUCCCACUGUGACCGUCUGAGCCGGGUAGCCUUUUCUCUGAAACAGAUGAGCUGUGCCACCAUCAUGGGAACUUCUGCUUUGUUUUCCGCAGGUGUGAUUAUGUUACCUGCCACUGUGCUAGCAUACAGGAAGUUAGGGAUUUUUAUGAUGAUGAUCAAAUGUAUCAGCUGUGGCUUUGCCACAUUCUUCUUCCAAUCUCUGUGCUGCUUCUUUGGUCCAAAUAAGAAUUGUGGACAAAUUCUUUGGCCGUGUAUUCAUAUUUUGAAGGACUACUCCGAGAGCCCUAACUCCUCCAACAGAACUUUCACUUGUGGAGGAAAUGAGAAACAGAACCGAUUAGCAAAAGAUCAGGAAUCCAAUGGUGCAAAUGAACAGUAUGAACUCCAGCCUUUGGCCCGGAAACUCAGUGACAGCUUUGACAAUAGCACUUCCACAAGUAAACUGUCCAAUCGUCCAUCUGUCUUAUCUGAAGAUAUUCAGCUCCAGGAUAACCGGUGCCCUAGAAUGGAGCUUCACUCAUCCUUUGAGAGAGACAGACAGAAGCUAGAACAAACUGAGGGAUGCCAUAUAUCUCUUUGUCGGUGCCCUGCCUUGCAAACAUCUUCUCCUUACAAGCCUGGAAGUAACUCAGGAAUAGAAGCAGAAAAUCAUCAAGAUGAGCUCUGCAGUGAGUGCAGGUGCCAAAAAUAUGAUCCGAAAGCCUGGGAACAUUCCCAGUCAGCCAGCACAAUAGAUGACAGACUGCUAAAUAAAUCUCAUUAUUCCAGCAAUGCCAAUCAACAAAAAUCAGAUUAUACCUCAGAAAACAGUAAUCUGCCAGAAGCUGAACUGUAUGAUCUUCACAGAUGCCUUUAUUCCACUGGUAGCUCUUUCAGUGUUCAGAAUAUCUCCAGCGAGACCUCUCUCAGUGAUUUUGAACCCAGCAUAAAAAUUGUGGAAUCAGCCAGCUCCUGUCCAGAUCAUUUAGAUGUAGCUGAUGCUUGCUGUUCCACUCAAAGAGGACACCUGAAUGGAAAGAGAGACACCCUGAGGCUGGACCUAAGAGAGACUGUCUUUGACACCUCUGCAUCAGCAUCCCAGCAAAACAAUGGCUUGAGAAGGACACGAAUAGGAGGAUUAGGAGGCGUGGAUCCAGUUGUUCUACCAAACAGCAAACCUGAUAUGCCUGAUGUUUGGAUCAAACGGUCUGGGGUGCAAAACUCUGGAUACUGAGGAUGAAAAAUCUCAAAGUAGAACAACUGCUAUUUCACGGGCAUGGAAAAAUAAAUUUUCAACUGAAAUAGCAGAUUUGAAACCCUUCCUUUUUCAGCAUGAAAAUGAAGUGCAUUAAUGCAGAAGUGGAAAAAAAACACUUUUAAAAAAACACUAAGCCAGCCAAUUUGAAGUAGAUCAGAAGGAAGUUUUAAUGCAGUGUCAGCUAAUCAACUGCCUACCCUUGUAGUCAGUGUCAGUCGGUGUUGAUUAUAUUCAGUUAUCCUUGUUAAAGAGAGCUGGUUUUCUCUAGUGGUUAAAGCAUCACACUAGAAAUUGGGAGACCAGGAGUUCUAGUCCUGCUUUAGGCACAAAGCCAGC